AUGUCAGGGAUGAACCAGGCUGUGGCGACAUGCUGGACCUGCCUCCUCCUCGCUGCGUUCCUGUGUGAACCUGCUCUGUCCAAGGGCGGUCGUGGAGGGUCCCGGGGCUCCUCUCGGGGGUCCUCCUCGCGCAGCUCUACAGCUGGGACCUACCGGGGAGGAGGCGCCUAUGGGGGGACUCGCUCCCGGUUCAGGGCGGCAGGGCGGACCUCCCCGGUGAGAGUGGCGAGUGCAGCGGCGGCGGGCGCAGCUGUGGCUUUAUCGGCGGAUAAAUGGUACGCGUCUGCUUACCGCCGCAGCAACACGGACAGCUCCGAGGAGGAGCUGGACUACUUCAACAGGACCAAUUACUUUGAUGCACUGAUGUCCAGCUCGACUCAAAACGGGUCUUUUCUGUCUCAAGUGGUUUCCAUCAUUAUUGCAACAUUUCCCACAAAAUAUGGACUCUUACUAGACUAUAUGCUGUAG